UCGAUGCAAGUUCAAUUUCCUCACUGUUAUCAGAACGGCUGUUUCAACCCAACCUGCUGAAAACUAGUUUUCUAUUUACAUACAUUAUAAGUGUCAUCAAUCUGCUUGAGAUCGCUUUAUGUAAAUUUUAAGUGUUGUCUGCGACUGGUUAAGGAAAGGAUAAAGUUGGUUUUCCAGCGUCUUCUCGAAGACCUUUCUGGACAGAAUCGGUGUUAAAAUGUAUUGGCGGCGUUGUAAAAUUUUCGUUACAUUAGUCCUUCAUAUAACAUCGUGUUUCAGUGUUCCGCUCAGCGAUUUCUAUCCUUAUGGAGUCAGCGAGGGUGAUAAUGCACUUCCGUCAAAUGACGACGGCAGCUCAGGAGAAAUACCAAUCUCAAUUCUCUACCCGUAUUUUGACAAGAAUCACCAUUCCUUAUAUGUGAACACAAAUGGAGUUAUCUCAUUUCUGGUUGCAGUGGGUCAAUACACCCCAGCUCCAUUCCCCCUGGGGGACAACCGACGUCUUAUUUCGCCAUUUUGGGGUGACGUGGAUACUAGAAAUGGGGGAACUGUAUUAUACAGGGAGUCUAUUGACCCUGUAUUGCUGGACCGAGCUACAAAGGAUGUUCGACGGGCAUUCUUAAAUCACCAGAGAUUCUCAGCCUCGUGGAUCUUCAUAGCGACCUGGGACAGAGUGGCAUUCUUUGGAGCAGAUGGAGACUUUAAAAACAAGGUCAACAACUUUCAAGCAGUGCUGGUUACAAAUGGACGUCAUUCAUUUGCCAUAUUCAAUUACAAUCAAAUCGUGUGGACAACUGGUACAGCUAGCGGAGGGACUGAGGACGGAUUGGGCGGUACGCCUGCUCAGGGCGGGUUUAAUGCUGGAGAUGGGGUGAGGUUCUUCAUUAUUCCUGGCUCCCGAACAAAUGACAUCCUUAAUCUUACUUCCACCUCAAACGUUGCUCGAGACGGUCAGUGGAUGUUCCAAACCGAUGAAGCAAGUGUGGAAGCUGGGGGAUGUAACACAAAAGGAUCUCUCACCAUAUCACCCCGAUCUGGGAUUAUGUUAGGAGGUACGAACGUGAAAAUGAGUGGACCUUGCUUCACUGCAAAUGAUAACAUUGUGGUUCAACUCGACAAUGACGUCAACAUUAAUGCAACUUUUAGCGACGAGCUAACGUCAUCAGUUACAAUACCAGUGUUGAACAAGACAGGACGGUUGUCAUUCAAGUUAUCUACUGAUGGCGGAAAUUCAUUCGAUUACAAUGGAGUGUACACAUCAGUUCCCAUAAAUCGAUACACUCCCGAGGUCCAGAGAGAGGACGGUGAUACAUGGCAGGAGGAUUCCACGGUGGAUAUUAGUUGGGAUUCGGGAAGCAUUGGAGGACUAGACGAGGAAGUGUCGAUUGAUUUGGCGCGCUAUAAAAUGGGAGAUGAUGAUGUUCCCGAACUGGACAGCUUCCGCCAAGUAGUAAACAAUCAACUUAAUUCUGGACAUAGUCAGUUUAAUGUCACAAAAGGAGAAGGAGACGGGAACAUCGAUGAUCGUUUUAUCAAUCUUGUUCGAGUGUCAAGAAAAAACAGCUACAGCAACGUAUCUAAGUCUCAGUGGGUGUGGAGUGAAGUGUUUUCUUGGAAGAAUGAGCCGUGGGCGGAGAGUAGAUGUAAAAAAUGGCAUCAGAAGGAACCUAAUCCAGACACAUUCAGAGGAGAUCCCAGCAUGCAGCCAUGCCCUUCGAGUUUGACUCAGGCUAUGGUAGAUCGCGGGCGCUUCAUGUCUGAUGAGGAAUGCAAUCCCCAAAAUCGCGAUGGAUGUGAUCGAUACCACAAGGGAGCUUUCCAGUGUUUUUUAAUGGUCAAUCCCAGUGCCACAGGCUCCGGUCAGCAGUGCUGUUUCAACAGGCUUGGAAACUUAAUGAUGGGCCAACCAAACGCAGGGUCCCUUGACCGCGUUCAUCCUAAUGCUGGUCUCCCUGUGAUAUCCCAUUUCUUCCAUGAUAAGGUGCCGUACGAAGACUGCUGCCGCAACUCUAAGAAUUGUGAAAAGUACUUUGAGAAGCGGCCUUCAGACGACAGCUCAGAAUAUCAAGCACCAAGACCCGCUACCGGUUUUGGGGACCCACACAUGGUGACCUUGGAUGAGAAGCCAUUCACGUUCAACGGAUAUGGGGAAUACUUCAUUUUAAAAGUGAAAGGGGUGGACUUCACUCUGCAGGGGCGUAUGGAGCCUCUAUUAGCAGACGAUGGAUCGCCCUCAAAAGCCACAGUAUACACGGCAUUUGCAGCCAAAGAAAAUGGAUCAGACGUUGUACAGAUCCAGUUGAAUGGUCGUGGCUUAGUGGAUGUUUUGGUGAAUGGGGAAAGAGUUGAUUUUGAUGAGCUCUCCCUCCUGGAAUUCACCGGAGUCUCUGUGUUGUAUUACACCAACACUACUAAAUAUUCCGUUAUUUUUAACUCCGGCAUCUCCGUGACAGUUGAAGGGCAGCAAGAGUUGCUUGGUCUCGUGACUUUGGUACCAACAAUUUUCAAAGGUAAUACUUCCGGUCUCCUUGGAUACUGGGAUGACAGUAAAGAGACGGAAUUCCUCAAGCCCGAUGGAACAUUCCUGAAUACAAAUUCGAGUUUGGAAAUCAUACACAGAGAGUUCGGACAAUUAUGGGUCACCAAACCAGAUGAGUCUCUCUUUGUCUAUCAACAAGGGCAGGACCACUCCACGUUUCACCAUCCGAAUUUCCAGCCAAUAUUUCCUGACAGUCAAAAAUUGGACUUUACUGAUAAGGUGCUGGAGAAGGAGGCCCAGAAUGUUUGUGGGGAUAGCUCCGAGUGUUUGUUCGAUAUUUUUACAACUGGCAAAGUGCGAAUCGGACGAGCAACAAAAGAGACUGUGACUCAGUUUGUCGCCAUUGUAAACGACACUGUGAAGCCAGCUUGCGUACCACUGGACUCGCAGCUAACCGAUGGGGUUGUACACAGAAAUGACACUGAAGGCGGAAUUGAUUACACGUUUGCAUGUAAUGAAGGUUUCGUUAUGAAUGGCUCUAAUCAUGUGACGUGUAAAGAUGGAGUUUACAAUGGUUCGGCUCCAAACUGCUCGCCGAAAGAAUGUCCAGUUCGUCUUUGGCAUCUUAAGAAUGGUCGUUUUCACGGGAAUGGCAGUGUUUAUCUUUCAACGUAUCAUUUUCUGUGUAACGGUGGAUAUGUCUUGGUUGGUGACAGUACCGUGACAUGCACGGCGGAUGGCUCAUGGAAUGGUACAAAACCCGUCUGUUUGCGAGAAUGCCCAAGGCUCCCUUCUUCAAUUUCAAACGGCGACAUCCAUGGUUCGGGUCACUUGCAAGGAUCACACCACAGGUUUAGCUGUCGCCCUGGUUACUCUCUCGUGGGCCAUGCCAUUUUGUACUGUACCGAAGAGGGAAAGUGGAAUGCCAGUGUUCCCAUGUGUCUGAGAGAAUGUCCUCAUCUUCCAUCAUUCAUACCAAAUGGAUUCGUUGGUGGGAGUGGAUCAGUGGAGGGAUCGCAGUACAGGUUCAGUUGCAAGGGAGGAUACUCUCUUGUGGGAGCAAACAUCCUUCAAUGUACCGAUCAGGGAAACUGGAAUGGCUCCGUUCCUACGUGUCUCAAAGAAUGUCCACAACUGCCGUCGUCAAUACCUAAUGGAUUUGUCAACGGCACAGGUUUCUUGGAAGGCUCCGUGUAUGGAUUUAGUUGUUUGCAGGGCUACUCCCUUAUUGGAGAGAAAACGUUACUUUGCUCUACGGGCGGAAACUGGAAUUCCAGCCUUCCCAGCUGUCUCAAAGAUUGUCCAGACCUUCCGUCGUCCAUACCGAAUGGAAAAGGAAACGGAACUGGUUUCGUAGAGGGCUCCAAGCAUCAUUUUACUUGUGAUGAGGGAUAUUCACUGGUUGGACAGAGAGCUUUACAUUGCAAUAACACAGGUGCCUGGAAUGGCUCUGUGCCUGUGUGUCUUAUAGAUUGUCCUAGGCUGCCAUCUGAAAUAAAAAACGGCAAAAUAAAUGGAACGGGUUUUGUAGAGGGAUCAUUGUACAAAUUUAGCUGCAACGAUGGUUACUCUAUCGUGGGUCAAGAUCUUUUGUAUUGCACUCAAAUGGGAAGAUGGAACGCAGGUGUCCCCGUUUGUCUCAGAAAAUGUCCUAUCCUACCGUCUUCUAUACCACAUGGUUUCAUCCAAAGCGGAGGGCUCCACAAGGGUCUUGGUUUUUUCAAGGGUAAAGGCUAUUUAGAGGGAUCCCAGUAUCAGUUUAGCUGUGAAAAAGGGUACUCACUUGUUGGUGCGGAAACUUUAGCUUGCACGGAUUCUGGGAUAUGGAAUGACUCGCUUCCCUCCUGUCUUAGAGAGUGCCCGGUGCUUCCUUCAUCGUUGGCAAAUGGCUUCAUCCUUGGAAGUGGCUCAUUGGAAGGUGCUCAGUACAACUUUAGUUGCAAGAAAGGGUAUUCUCUAAUUGGUGCGGACACAGUAGUUUGCACGGAUGCCGGAGUGUGGAAUGGCUCACUCCCAACCUGUCUCAUAGAGUGCCCAAAGCUUUCUUCGAAUCUUACACACGGGGCAUUUCAUGGAUCAGGUCACGUGGAAGGGUCUAUCUAUAAUUUCAGUUGCAUGGAUGGUUACUCUAUUGUCGGACAUGAUACUGUAUUUUGUACUAAAAUGGGUGUAUGGAACGCCAGUGUCCCUAACUGUCUCAGAGAAUGUCCAGUUCUUCCUUCAUGGAUAUCGCAUGGUUUUGUUAACGGUAGCGGCUCAUUGGAAGGUAAUCAGUAUGAGUUCAGUUGUCAGGAGGGGUACUCUCUUAUUGGUGCCGCCACAUCAGUUUGCACGGAUUCUGGUGUGUGGAAUAGCUCGCUUCCAACCUGUCUCAUAGAAUGUCCAAAGCUUCCCCUUUCCAUAGUACAUGGGCAUGUUAAUGGUACGGGCUCAGUACAAGGAUCCGAGUACAGUUUUAGCUGCAAUCAAGGCUAUUCACUAUUUGGUGAACGGAGAUUGAAAUGUACGGCAGAAGGAAAAUGGAACGCCAGCCUUCCCAGUUGUCUUAAAGAAUGCCCCUCUCUGGCUGCUGGCAUGGAAAAUGGUAAUAAACAUGGCCGUGGGUCGGUGGAAGGCUCCUUGGUCUGGUUUAGCUGUGCUAAUGGUUAUUCACUUGAAGGAAACAAAUACCUCUAUUGUGAUGAAAAUGGUCAAUGGAAUGGUACAACACCUUCUUGUUUCAAAGAUUGUCCUCAAAUGAACCGCACUCUAGAAAACGGGCACAUUGAUGGUAAUGGAUCCACGUCAGGUGCAGUGUAUAGCUUUCUUUGCGAUGAAGGAUACAGCAUAGAUGGAGAAACCUCGCUGCGCUGUGAUGAAAAGGGACAAUGGAAUGGUAGCAUUCCUGUAUGUUUAAAGGCUCGUACAGAUAAAGAGGACAAGGAUACAAACGACUGGUACCUUUACGUCCUAACUGGUGCUGCUAUCCUAAUUCUGAUAAUCGCAAUUGGCCUGUUGGUUAUUUGUUGUCGACGGAGGUCAGGUCAAAGAGAUACAGCAACUGUGAAGGGCGACGAAGAGGCAGAACUGGAAGUCAUGAUGAAACCUUCAGUACCUGAGGACAGUAAAGACGAAUGUACCACUGCUCUACAAAGCGAUUGCUCUAAAGAUCCUGUGGGUGUGGUAUAGAUGAAAGAUCUCCGUUGGCCCUAACUAUGUUUUCUGGAUUUCAGAGUGUCACGUCUUUGAUGUAGCUCUUUUAGAGCCCUCUUUAAACGCUUGAAUAUUCCCGCCGUGACUUUGCAAGACAUCAAGAGAUCGUUCCUUUGUACUUCACUCGAUAUCUGAAAUGUCCGUUGAGUUACUUUUUCAAGUGGCGACCUUAACUUAAAGAGGAAUAUAAAAUUGAUGAAAAUGCACGCAGAGCGAUAAGCUCCAUCACCUUACCGUCUUGAAAAGGGUUCCAAUAUGAAAAGUAGAUCUCCACACCCAGAAACUUUGUUAACGACUUGAGAAAAGAUAACGAGGAAGUUAGCAAAUCUACCGUUUAUCGAGUCGGUGUCUCCGAGAUAAAUUCACGAGAAGCUAAACGUUGUUAAUAUUUAUUUCAAGGUGUAAUUUAUAAUACUAUCCAGUUAGUGUGUAAAGCACAUUGUUUAGGAAAAAAUCGUAAGUGCUAGUUGAAAUACACAGAAAUUUCCUCA